AUGUUCCCUGCCAUCAUCAUCAUCAUCGUCAUCGUCAUCAUUGUCAUCAUCAUCGUCAUCAUCAUCAUCAAAUCAUCAUCAGUAACAUCCAAUCAGCAUACAACGACGCAUACGGUAGAUGCAACAAACAGCAAUAGUAAUAGAAAUAAUGUCAACAAUAACAGCAGUAACAAUAUCGAUGAUAAUAACAAUGAAAACAAUAACAAUAGCAACAAUACGAUCACUAAUAUACAACGACAACAACAAUCUGGCAAUGGAGCUGUAGUAAGAACAGAUUAUCGGUUAUACGGACAUGACAUAACUACAGCUUCUGCUACACCAACAACAACAAAUACUCAUCCAUCAUCAUCGUCAUCAGCAUCAGUAUCAGUAUCAGCAGCAGCAGCAUCUAAUAUUCAUCAAAAUGGAAGGCCAUUAACAGCUGAUCGUAAACGACCAUAUAAUUGCAAUAUGUGCUCAUCACGAUUUGGCUCUAAAAUGGAACUUGAAGAACAUCAAAAUUCACAUACUGGCGAGAAACCAUUCGAAUGCAAUAUGUGUAAAGCACGAUUUAAUCGUCGUUCAACGCUUUGGAAUCAUAAACGAAUUCAUUCGGAUGAUAAACCAUUUGAGUGCAAUGUAUGUCGGAUGACAUUUAAAUGGAAGAAUUCAUUGAAAUGUCACAAAGAGAUGCAUCAACGAAAAAAUGAAAUGACAGGAAUUGAAAAUGAUCCAUUGGAAAAGACACUUACUUAUGCGACAGCAGCUAAACGACGACAUCUGGAAAAUCAUGAUAUUAUAAAUGCAAGUUCAAGUUCAGAAACAGGAAUGGGUAGUAUCCGUUUGACAACAAGUUCAGCAAGUGGCAUUGGUCAUUUGACAGGUUCAGGAAGGCGACGCAAUGCCAAAUUAUCAGUGCAUUCAAGAUCGAUCUUAUCAACUGGCACUGAUCUUAUCAUUGGUACUGCAAAUAUCACAAAUAAUCCUAAUCGAAACAAUAAUACAAUCAAUACUACUACUACUACAACAACCAAUAACAACAAUAACAAUAACAAUAACAACAACAACAAUAACAAUUCAAAUCAUUCAUCUCUUAUUGGUUCAAAUGAUGCAUUUAUUCAUGCACCAUUACAAGCGGAUGGUUUCUUUAGUAGUCAAAAGACAUUAUCAAUAAGUGAUCAUAAAGAAUUGGAUUCAUUAUUAAAUAGUACCACACGUUUAACAUCAAUGCUUAAAGAUGAUUCAGCAUUUAAAACUAAUUUAUGCGAUGAUUUAGCAAAUUUGGGAAAUCAAAGUAAUACAUUUGAUACAAAACAAGAAAUGAAUCUUUUCCAUGCUAAUCCAUUUAUGAUGUUCGGUGCUCAUCAAUUGCAAAAUCCAAUGCAAUCAUUUACACCACCAAAUUUGGCUUUUUCAAGUAGUAACGGUGGUUGCGGUGAUUAUUUUCAUUUACAUUUAAACAAUCAAACUGAUCAAAUAACACAACAAAGCUUACAACAACAACAACCAUUCGUAUCGCAAUAUUCUAGCGGUGGUACUUCAUCACAAACCACUGAUAUGUUAACUAAUCAUAGUCAUAAUGUGAUUAGUUAUCAGCCACAGUUAGAAGCACCAUCAUCACUGAUAACACCAGCAUUGGAUUAUACCGUAAGUGGUGAUAACUUGGAAUAUAUGCUAAGCAAUUACUCGUCCACGAUCUCAUCCGCUGCUUCCGUUGCGUCAACGGGAAAUGAGGUACGAUCAAAUGUUGCGGAACACUUACAACAGCAACAAUAUACGGGACAAACUGGUGCUAAUAAUACAUUACGAACCGAUGAUGUAAUUGUUGCUAGUGUUGUUACCACUAGUAAUACCGGUAAAGAGGUACCACAGGUUUCGUGGUAA